AUGUCUUCAGUUUCUAUCCACGUCGAGAACCGCCAAUCCGGCAAAAACGCCAACGCCAACGUGCCCGUCAACGGCCACAAACAGACCUUUGGCAGUCUGUACGGCGGUACCUUUGGCGGUCAAGUCACGGUGGACGCCAUCUUCGUCCAAUCCCCCGGCACCGCCCAGGGGGUCAAGAUUGUCGUCUCGGACGCCCAGGGUCACCAGAAGGCCGUGCUGGACGACAACGGUACCCCUUACGUGAUCGGUUCCGUCACCGACAUCACGAAUUGGACCAUCAGUGCUACGAAGCAGAUAUGUUUGGACCAAAAAGAAAAGUCGGUCUAA